GACACGGUCCGCCAGAUGCAGGAGUUCUUCGGCCUGGAGGCGACGGGGCGCCUGGACCGGCCGACGCUGGCGGAGAUGAGGACCGCCAGGUGUGGCGUUCCCGACGUGGAGAACUACAGCUUCCACCCGGACAGGCCCAGGUGGAGGAACCACACCAUCACGUACAGGAUAGAGAAGUACACACCCGACCUGAGGAGGGAGCAGGUGGAGGCCUCCUUCCGCACGGCGCUGAAGGUGUGGAGCGACGCCGCGCCGCUGCGGUUCCUGAAGGUGGAGCGCGGCAAGGCCGACAUCGUGAUCUCCUUCCGCUCUGGAGAUCACGGAGACUACUUCCCGUUCGACGGGCCCAAGGGGGUGCUGGCCCAUGCCUUCGAACCCGGGGAGGACAUGGGCGGGGACAUCCACUUCGACGAGGACGAAAUCUGGACCGUGGGACACCGCGGAUACGGGUAUAACCUCUUCACCGUGGCAGCUCAUGAGCUGGGACACUCUUUGGGUCUGGGCCACUCCAGGGACCCUUCGGCCCUGAUGUACCCCAGCUACAGAUACAACGACGUGGCCCCCUACACCCUGCCCAUGGACGACACUCUGGGCAUCCAGGCUCUCUAUGGGUCCCCGAACUCCAGGAAACAGCAGACCUCGGCGACUCCUGACAAGUGCGACCCUAACUUAUCCUUUGAUGCAGUGGCACUGAUUGGACAGGAGAGGGUUUUCUUUAAAAACAGGUACGUGUGGCUGCGAACGACCUGGGCGGGGCAGCGCAACAGACUGAGACAGGGCCCGAGCAGCAGCUACCUGCCCGGCAUAAGCUCACCUGUGGACGCGGCCUAUAGCGUCCCUGCUAAGGGCGUGAGCUACCUCUUCACGGGCCCCAAAUACUGGGUGGUGCAACAGCUGAACACGCGGGGCCAUUAUGGCUCCAUAUACGACUUUGGUUUCCCAAAGAGAGUCCGGAAAAUAGAUGCUGCUGUACACAUGGAAGAAUAUGGAAAGACUUACUUCUUUGUGGGAGAUGUCUAUUACAGGUAUGAUGAAAACAAGAGUGUCAUGGAUCCGGGGUUCCCGAAGAGUAUUGCCACAAACUGGCCGGGAAUUGGAGGGAAGAUAGAUGCAGCUUUUGAACUGUCAGGCUACAUCCACCUGUUCAGUGGGGCGAAGGCGUAUAAAUAUGAGGUGAAGAAGAGACGUGUGGUCUACACCGUGAAGGCCAACGCGUGGCUGGGGUGCUGAUGGCGCUGAGGACGGAGAGACAGACGGACGGACGGGAUGCAGUGGACGUACGCACAGGACAUGAUGGAGGAAACUAAAUCAAUAUGUCUCCGAAUGUAAAAAAGAGAGGGAGCUCUUUAUUGAAUUAGCACAAAGACCAAAGACCAAAGGCCCUAUAUUGUAUACAACAAGUUGGGAAUAAAGGCCGACUGUGUCUUUAACAUUGAUGUUUCUUACGUAGCCUCAUUGAAUUUUCAUGUGUUUAACCUUACGUUUGUAUGACUGUGAGAAAGGCCAGUGUGACACUUGUGUUUCAUUUUCCAAUUCAUGCUAACUUUAGAAUAUGCUGAAAACUGAAACAAAUGUUUUAUUUAACAUAAAACAUACUUGUGAAUUGUAAAUAGAGCAUUAUUUUUUGCUUGUAAUUGCCUUUCCUCGAUAAAGCACAGAUAUAUGUAAUUCCCAGUACUUUAAAACAGUUAUAUAACUCUUUUAAAAAUAUUGUUAUUUAAUGAAACCAAUGUCAAAUGUGAAUUUCAACCGAUACGGUCUUUUUAAAUGCAAGUACAGGCAUCAAACAGUUGUUAUUCACUGAUAUAAUGGAACAUUUGCUUUCAAUAAUGGUUUGGUGAAUGUUCACAUUAAUUAUAAACAUUUAAUCCAGGAACACUGAAUAUCAGGCUGGAUUCAAUCAGUGUUAAUUUUUAAUUCAUAAGUAAUUAUUUGUUAAUCAUUAUGAUUGCUGAAUUUGCAAAACAUGUUUGUGAAAAAAAUAAACAAUGGUAUUUAAUUGUCAGUCAAA